AUGGUUCAAAAUCAAAUAUGCAUUGGGAUUUUUAUUAUGUUUCCUUGUAAGAGAUUACUUUGGGUGAUUAAAGAUAAAGAUGAAUCUUGGACUGGUGAAUAUUUUCAUGACAUAAUUUUAACUCAAAAUGUAAUACCUUUUUUAAAUAAUGAAGACAAUGUUAUUGAUUCUGAUGAAGUUACAUUUGUUCAUGAUAAGACACCAUGUAUCCAAGCAAAUAAAACCCAACAUUUGCUUCAAGACAACAAUGUUAAGUCUUGGGGUAAUGACAUCUGGCCAGGAAAUUCACCUGAUCUCAUCGUGGCACAACGUAUUGGAUCAAUAAUCAAAGAUGAAGCUUAG